CAAGAAAAUCUUAAAUAAAAUGUAUUUCCUCUGCGAAAAACUAAAAGUGAAUACGAGUCGCGCCUGUGAGAUUCCAAUGAUAAAUGGCCAAUAGAGUUGCAAGCGUUGAGCUCAGAGAUACUCAAGGCUAAGCCGCUGGGCAGCCAAUCAAACAAUUAUCGCAGGAAACUGGACACAGGACUCACAGCAUCAUGAAGAUAUUUAGAUUGCGCUCCGUGAAGCUGGUGCUAAUUGGCUUCAUCAUAGUCAACUUGGUGUUCUUCUAUUACACCUGGAACUCGUUCCUCUGGCGGCGCAUUAGCCGCGCUCUGACGGGCGAAGCCACCGACACAAAGCCAAAGAGCGAGGCGGUCCACGGGCCGAAGAUCUCGCCGAAGGACAAGGCACGCAAUGCCAACAAGCACAUAAGGAAGUCCAUAACAAUUGUCUUCUACGGGCACUACAACUUCGAGCAGGAUCUGCGGCCCAGCAUCGAGAGCAUAUUGGAUGUCGUGCCGAAUAUGCCCAUUCUGGUGCUGCAGGAGGGCGCCGCCGAGUACGCCUAUCCGCCGGUCAGCUUUGAGCGCAAUCUGACCAGCGGCGAGGAGCAGACGGUGCACUUCAUGAGUCUGGCCUUCGACGUGCGUCGCACGCGUGAGCAACUGAAUCCCCUCUCGGCUGUGCACACCAAAUAUGCUCUGCUGAUGCCGGACAGCGUGCGGCUGAGCAGCAAGAAUCUGCUGCAGAAAAUCCUGCGGGAGAUGAACACAAAGUCGGGCAAAGCACCGGCUCAGCGUGUCACAGUUGCGCCGGAUGAGCAAGUGCGUCGCCUGCUGCUCAUCCCAUUUGCGGGCAAUUCGAAAACCUACAGCAGCUGUGCGAAACUCAACCUGGACUUGCCCAAUUGGACCAUGGAAUUGGAGGCGCGCAAUGAUACUACGCAUUGCGAUUUGUUCUUGCAGAAGCAUGCGAUACUCAUCGACGUGGCCACACUUGGCGCCAUGCCGGAACCUUUCGGCUUGCCCUUUCCGGAAAUGCUCUACGUGCAGGCAAAGAUUGCCAAUCUAACGACGAGUGUUUUCCCUCAGUCCUUUUUGGAGGGCCGCAAGCUGUUUGCCUCGUUCCACACCAAACAGCGGCGCCUGGAGCUGCGUCGUCGUCAGUUUCGUGAGAUGUACAAAAAAUUACAGAUCAAGCGCUUGGUAAGGCGCACCCACCGACUGGGCGGCAAGGCCGCGGCCCGUGAAGGCAAUUGGCAGCCGCACAGCCCGGUGCUGGAUGCACAGUUCUCGUACUCCAACUUUAGUCUGCCCGCCGUCACGGACAUCGAUCUGUUUGGUUGUGAGCGAACGACAAAGUCGUGCAUUGGCACCGUCUACAACAGUCGCCCGUUCUACUACUAUCUGGGCAAGCACACGCCGCCGUGUUGCCUGGACAAGCUAAAGACCACCUUCAACCACGUGCUCGAGGAGUUCGAGAAUGUGGGCAUACGCUACUGGCUGGACAACUACGCGCUCAAGAGCGCCAUCGAGACGAAUCAGCUGUCGCCGGAUGCCUACGACAUUGACAUCAGCUUCAAUGUCCAGGACCUGGAGCGCUCGAACGCCAUGAAGAAGUCGCAGAGCAAGCCACAUGUGGACAAUGAGGGCUUCUACUGGAUCAAGGCGACGGACGGACACUACUUCCGCGUGCAGUUCUCCAAGGUCAACCAGGUGGGCGUCAAUCUGCUGCCCUACGAGAUCAGUGGGAAUGAGGUGCGAGCGAGCGGCUUCUUCGGCUGGAAGGCGACCACCUUCGCCUCCGACUACUUGCAUCCCAUGUCGACGGUGCUCUUUCUGGGCAAGAGCAUCAUGUGCCCCAACAAUGUCUUGGAGUAUCUCGAGGGAAAGAACAUCAAGGUCAAAUCUGAUCAUGUGGCCCCCGAGGAGGAGUAGAUAGAUAAUCAUUUACCUUAGCAGAAAUUGCAUUCAGUUUUUAGCAUCAGUUGAAUUUUUGUAAAAGUUGAACAACUUUCGACUAUAUGCACACUUCCUGUACUUGUACGAUAAAUGAGAGCGUUAUUUUAAGGUAUUUGUAAAAUUGAGGUUAUGUGUUCCUUUCUCUAUACUUUUCUCUCUGUGUUGAUAGCUAGUUCACGUCGAUGUCUAUAUAUAUAUAUACAUAUAGGUAUAGCUAAGUUAGUGAGUGAGCAUGUAAAUUUCUAAAGCCAAAGUUCUCGGAACUACCAGUCUAUACAAUAAAGAACUCUGUACUAUUCGUACCAA